AUUUAAGCAUAAAUGUAACUUUCAUUUUACAAACUAAAUAUUUAUAUUCAUUGCUCCUUGGAAACAGUAUUUAAUUAAUUAUUUCAAGUCAGAAGUAAUUGGUCGCUAUUCACUGACGAAAUAUCAAAAAGUACACUAGGGAUACAAUAGUGAAAGUAAAAAAGGCAAAGAAAAUUAUUUAAAAAUUUUCUAUUAAAAAUGAACGAAACAUCAGUUUUUACUCAACAUUCCUUAAAUUUUCAAUUUCUAUCCGUUUGUCACUACAUUACGACAUUUGGUAUUUUCUUCUACAACAAAGAUUUAAUUAAACUGGACCAACGAAAUCAAACUAUUCAUGUGCUAAAUACAUAUUUUCAAUAUCUAAAUAAUUCCCAAAAUGAAUACGAGACAAAACUUCAGCUUCUAAAAAAAGUACUAAAAGGAAGUGAUCUCUAUGGUGGUGGUGAAAAUGAAACACUUGACAAAAAAUACGUUGAAGAAACAUAUCAGUACAUCAUAAGCACGGCUCUAUUUUCACACUAUGGAAACAUAAAUGGAUAUUUGGCAAAAAUAAUUAACACAGCGAAUGAUAUAACUUAUUCAGCGCUUAAGAAAAAUGUAUUUCAACAUUUGUCACGAAAUUACACAACCAAAGAUUAUUGUUCACCUAAAAAUGAUAAUUACAAAAUUAGUUCGUUAGCAAUUAAAAAAAUUUUCCAAAAUAAUAUUUGGUCAAUUUUUCCCGAACCAGAAAAAGACACAAGUAUAAUGGACGUGGAUUAUAUAUACGCAAUGGUUGGUUUAAAAAUUAGUCGCUCUGUAUCAAGAGAAACAUUAAAUAUUUCGUAUCACGAUUAUAUUUUAAUUUCCCGUGAGUUAGAUUUACAGGAAAAUUACACAAAUGAAAUAUAUGAAAUGAUUUUAACAUUUUACUCAACAUCGGCACUAUUUUUCUAUGCCUAUAAUGAAAAGGAAAUAUUUAGAGAAAAUGAAAAUUUUCAAACUAAUGAAUUUUGGAUGAAAGCUUAUGAAACAUUAUUUUUACACAUUAAUUCUAAAAUGCAUAAAUUAACCGAAGAAAUAUUUAACAAUAAUCUUCAUUACAAACUUGAAAAAGAAAUAUCUGAACUAAAAACUCGGACAUUCAUUGCAACAAAAAUACUUUGGAAAUAUUGUAAGUAUUCUAAUUAUGAAGAUGUUCCUAAUUUUUUCGUGGCACUGUAUAAAACGUUCAAUUGGAUUACAAAACCAAUAGUUUUUUUUAAAUGUAAAAGAAACGAUCUUCCCAUUUUGGAAAAUGUCUAUGAAGCACAAUUUAAAAAUGUAAAAAAAAUAUACAAUCAAAUUGAAGUGAAUUUAAUUAGUAAUUUCUUAGUAGACAAUAAUUUAGUUGAAAAAAUAAAUUCAAAUGUAACUAUUAUAUCUGCAUCGGUUCUUUACAAACCUUAUAGAUGUUACAAUUGUCCGAAUAUAAAACAAAAGUUAAACAAUGAUAUAUAUGUUCUUUUUCAAGUAGAAGAGAAUAAUAAAAAAGAAUAUUAUGCGAUUAAACAUGAAAAAACUGGAAUGACUCUACUUGUAAAUAGUGGAAAUAAACAAAAUUUUUCUAAAGCUAUUACUAAUUUAACAUCGUUUCCAAUAGAUAAUGGUGAAUAUUCCACGAUUCUGAAAAAGGCUAAUGAAGACUACAAAGUUUUUAUUAAAAGGCUUGCCGACAUAAAGACAACAGAGUUUGUUACAAGUAUCAUAGAGAACUAUAGAAAUGAAACUGCAGGCGAGCAUAUAAUUCAUUUUGCAAAAUCACUUAUACCAUUUUACAGUUGUAUUGAAAGUAUAAAAGCAAACGAUGAGAGAGGAGCUACGAUCAGUUGUAUGUUGGAUGUCUUAAGUCUGAUACCAAUUGCAGGUGUAACGGCAAAAUACGGAGAAAAAUUAACCGAGACCUUAGUAUCAUCACUAAGCAAAAAAUAUUUAAUUAUUCCUUCGUUUGCAAAAACUGGAGUGAAAACCCUAAUGCAAAUUUCAAAAAUAGCUGCCAGAACUGUAGCAGAAGAAAUUCUAAACAAAGGCUUUUUAAGAGACCUAUCAGUUGCAACUCUACGAACCAUAGAUCCUGGAUUUGAACUCACCUUCCAGCUUAGCAGAUUUGGUAUCCAAACUAUUUCCAAUUCAUAUCGUUUUGCUUCUAAAAUCUUUCUAAAUCCUUCUAUAAUUAAAAGUUUCCAAUCACUAGAAUCCAUUGUAAAAAGUCUGGAAAAUAUAAAACUCCCAACCUAUAAAGGACUCUUACCAAAAAUUCUACACGAGGAAAAUAAUUAUCAAGUCGUUAGAUUCUAUUACCCCGGUGGUGUGAACACAUUUGGACCUACAUGUCUAUCAUCAUUUGGAACAACCGCAGAAUUAAGAACAAUUGAAGGCAAUCCAUUUCAAGUACCCGUUGUCCCAAUAAUAGAUGACGUCAACAUAAUUUCUCAUCAACAAAUUAGUCCCGAGGGUGGCAAAAUUUCCCAUCAACAAUUUAUUCACGAAGGUGGCAAAAUUUCUUAUCGACAAUUUAGUCCCGAGAGUGGUAAAAUUUCUGCUGUUAAACUCGAAAUGACACGAAACGACCUUCUUCGAAAAAUUAUGUCCUACCUUAAUACAGAUAUGAAAAUAACACGUAAUUAUCAAGUUUAUCACAAUACAAUUGAAUGGAAUAAGACGCCGGCAGAGAAGGAGGAACCUAAUCCAAAUGAAAAUUUGAAUGCAGAAGAACAAAAUUUGGCAUUAGGAGUUAAUUCCGAUACUUCUACUUUAGGAGAAAGUAUAACAAAUAACAAUAUUCCUGGAACUUUGAAAGAAUCUAAACUUACAGUUAAAGGAGGUUUACCAAGUGAUGAUAUUCCUGGUACGUCAAAGGGAUCUGUUCAACUUAGUGCAAAACCAACUAAUAAUAUUCCUAGAGCUUCUGAAGAAUCAUCAUCUCAUUUGGUCAGUAGUAGCAGCAGCAGUAAAAUUUUUACAGAAUCUAAUAACUUAUUUGCAAUGAUAUUAAAAAAAAUCCAACAGCAAGGAGUUUUUUUAAAACUAGAAGAUAAAUUAGCCUUGUCAUCAUGUCGAAGAAUUCUCGAAAUGAUAGCUAGUUUCCAAUACAAUUCAAUUAAAUUACCAACGGAUUUAUGGUUUACCAAAACAAUAAGUAGACUGUCUCAUGUUAAGGAUUUAGAGAAUUUAAAAGGAAAAACAUUUUAUUUUAAUGAUCUCACAUUUUUAACAGACAUUCCACCGAUUGUAAAUCUAAACAUCGUUCCUAAGAAAUCGUCAACAAUUGCAUUAAAAACAGAAAUUCGGUAUCAUAUAAAAAUUAAUUCUCAAUAUGGAUUUGUUGAUCUUGCUGCAUUUCACAAUAGUUUCACAAAUCAAUAUAUUGUAUUUCCAGAAAUUGAAUUCACUGUAGAGAAUACUCACUACAUUAAUGGAAAAUCUAUUUUACAAUUGGAUCUACUACAAAAACCAAUGACAAAAGAAAAAUGGCUAAAAUUAAGAAAUCAGGAAGUAAUGUUACUGCAAAAUGAAGAAAAAAUAAAAAAUAAAAGAAGUACAAGUAUUGAGGAUGCUGCUUAUUUUAUAUCAUUAAAUACUCCUCUACAUAGAUUUAGUGAUGCGAAAAAAAUGUUAAAAAAAUACAUUUUAAAUACCGAUGUGUUUUCAAAUACAGUACCUACUUACGAUAUGUUGGCACAAGAUAUUUAUGCAGGUGGUACACUUCCGGAAAAAUAUAACGAAUAUAAAAUAAAAAAUAACAUUUUUAUUGAUGAUGUACUUUUUCAAGAAUCAUUACACCAAGUAAACAAUUUAGUAUCUGCAGAGGAAACAAUUGACAAAAUUUAUGGUGGAAUGUCAAUGCUGGAUGUGGAAUCUGUAUUUGUAGUUUAUCACAAUACACCAAUAAUUCGUCAAAGUAUGCGAUUUGAAGAUUUCUAUUUUCUCGAUUCAUAUUUCUCUAAUAAUUUAUUAUUUGAUAUUCAUACACAAAGAAGAAUUAUAGCAUCAUUAAAUCGUCUGGCACUAAGACAAUGUGAAGAUAAAAUUAUUAAUUUUCCAAAUAUUCUUUAUAGUGCGAAAAAUCUUCCUGAGGAAGUUUAUAACAAAAUUUUAACACUCGAAAGAGGUAAAUUUAUGAUAUUUGGUUCACAUUAUUCAUUUCAAUCAAAUGAAGAAGCUGUUGUAAAAUAUUCUCCAACCACUGCCUCUAAUGAAAAAUUAUUAUUAUAUCAAUUGGAAUUUAAAAAUCCAACUGGAAUUGCAUAUAUUGAUUCUAAUUAUCAAUUUAAAACUGUACAAUACUAUGUUCCUGAUGAACUAAAAAUGAAGAUAAGUGGAAUAAUUACAAAAACUAUUGAAGGAAAAGAAUUAAAGGUCAUAAUAUUAAAAGAUGAUACACUGUCGAAAGAGAAACGUAUCGUUAAAUUAGUAUAUAAACUAAAUGAAUUAUUUUCAACCAAUACAAAGUUUUACGAAAAUAUCUAAACUCUCAAUUAUUUUUAUUUUUUCUAAUUUUAAUUUAUAUUAUGUAUAUGUAAUGUAAUUAAUAUUAAUGAUUAAUUAAUUAAUAUAAUAUUAUAGUAAUUAAUAUUAAAUUUUGUAAUAGUAAUAAAAAAAAUUAAAUAAUAAAAAUAAUAAAUAAUUAUUAAUAUAAAUAUAUUGCAUAAGAAAUAUUUACUUUUAAUUAAAUAAAGUGAUACUAAGAACCCAAGUGGAAAAUUUAUGUAUCCGCAUAUGUCAACUUUUGCUACUUGAAAAAAAUUCUAAUAUCAAUUAUAUGAAAUUGUUUUAUAUACAAAUAUUUAAAAAAAAAAAAUUUUUGAAACUAACUUUUGCUA